AUGCUCGCGGUUCAGCGUCCCAGUAUGGGUUCAUCGAAACCACCGAACCUCGAGAUGCCUUUUGGCUAUUCCUUCGACACCUCUGGCUCCAACUUCCCCUUCCCUUCACCUACAGCGCCUGCCCCAGGUCCCUCUAUCCUCGAUGACAACGAAUCCAAAUUUCUCGAUAGCUUCUUCGAUGGUGUGAGCUCGGAUCAGUUCAACUAUGACUUUUUCAAUAAUCCUCCAGAUGGCUCCGAGCUUAGCCUUGGGUGGGAGGAACUACCGCCAACGUUCAUGGGGACAACUUCUUCGUUUGGCCAACAACCACAGCCCGGAAAUCAUGGAUUCUCGGAUAUGAGCUUUGGCAAUAUGAACUCUCAGAUGCAUACCGUACCGCAAAUACCUUCCUCCACAUCCGCGGAUGUUCUGGCCGCGGCUACGUUAUUACAAAAUGGACCACAUGGUAGAUCAAUGGGUAUCCAGGAUGGCAUGUUUCGUGAGGAUAUUCCAAGACCAACAAACGGCCAAGUGAGGCAUCAAUCGAUAGCUCAACAAACACCUCGAUCACAAGCUGACUUUCAGCAACGAUUACCUGCUGACGAGUUCAUGCGGGAUAACUUUUAUACGGACAUGGUGUUUGGACCCCAGAGCAGCUCAUCGAUGCGACAUCGAGGAGUGGACCAAAAGGCCGACAUUCGUUGGGGAUCUGAUGUAGGCUUUGCAAGUGCUCAAGGCUUCGUUCCUCCUGACCAUCAGGAAAAUGUGGUGGCUACGGAACGUUCACAUAUCAAAGCUGUGGAAGAAGCAUUUUCACUCAACAAGAUUUCCCACGCACCGAGCAGUGCCGACACUACCCGACCUCCAAGUCCAAUUGGAGGCCCGUCAUCACACCAAAGAACAAGAUCGAUUGGGCAAAAGGGGGAGCAGGAGGAUAUGGAUUCAAGAACACGGAAGCGGAGGAAGAGCAAAUACCAAGAAGACGCGGAUGAUGAUGACGAGUCACCCGCUUCACCAACAUUUAAGCCUGGCGUUAAGAAACGGAAAUCCAAGAAAGGAUCUGAAGAGUCACCGGAAUCGGAACAAGCAAGUAAACGACGGAAAUCUGCUGCCGCCGCUGCUGCCAAAGCAGUACGAGAAAACCUCACUGAGGAGCAGAAGCGCGAAAAUCACAUCAAGAGUGAGCAGAAACGUCGAACUCUAAUCCGGGAAGGUUUUGAGGAUCUGGGAGAAUUGGUACCAGGACUAAAGGGCGGUGGGUUCAGCAAGAGCGCUGUACUCAUCAUGGCUGCGGAUUGGCUGGAGGAGCUAAUACAUGGGAACGGGAUUCUACAGCACAGGCUCGACCAACUGGAAGGCCGGUAA